CGCAAACGCCACCAGAUGGUUAAUUCGGCAUUUCCCAGACCCGCCUAUGACCCAUCUCUCAAUCUGUUGGCCGUGUCUGGUCAGGAUCCUGAGGUGGAAAAUCUUCCAAUCCCAGCGGCGAAUGUAAUUGUGGUGACACUGCAAAUGGAUGUCAACAAGCUGAAUAUAACCUUGCUUCGGAUAUUCCGUCAAGGAGUGGCUGCAGCUUUAGGACUCUUACCCCAGCAAGUGCACAUCAACCGCCUCAUUGAAAAGAAGAACCGUGUUGAACUCUUUGUGUCUCCCUUAAACCGAAAAACAGGAAUUUCCGAUACUCUGCCAUCUGAGGAAGUGCUGCGUUCACUUAAUAUCGAUGUUCUGCACCAGAGUUUAUCCCAGUUUGGAAUUAUAGAAGUCUCCCCUGAGAAAAAUGUUUUGCAAGGGCAGCAUGAAGCGGACAGAAUCUGGAGCAAAGAAGGAUUUUAUGCUGUUGUCAUUUUUCUCAGCAUCUUUGUUAUUAUAGUAACGUGUUUGAUGAUUCUUUACAGAUUAAAAGAAAAGUUUCAGCUUUCCUUGAGACAAGAUAAAGAGAAAAAACAGGAGAUCCACCUCUCACCUAUCGCAUUACCACCAGGACAGUCAGAGGCGAAGGCACCCCACAGCAUGGUCCAGCCUGAGCAGGCCCCAAAGGUGCUGAAUGUCAUCAUAGAUCCUCAAGGCCAAUGCACUCCUGAGAUCAGAGCUGCUGCCUCUGCCUCUGUCUGCCAUUCUCCUUUCAAAAUGAAGCCCAUAGGACUUCAGGAGAGACGAGGGUCCAACGUAUCUCUAACACUGGACAUGAGUACCUUGGGGAAUGUUGAACCUUUUGUGGCUAUACCAACACCACGGGAGAAGGCAGCAAUGGAGUACCUGCAGUCAGCCAGCCGAGUUCUCACAAGGUCACAGCUGAGGGACGUCGUAGCAAGUUCACAUUUACUACAAAGUGAAUUCAUGGAAAUACCAAUGAAUUUUGUGGAUCCCAAAGAAAUUGACAUUCCACGUCAUGGAACUAAAAAUCGCUAUAAGACCAUCUUGCCAAAUCCCCUCAGCAGAGUAUGUUUAAGACCCAAAAAUGUAACUGACUCAUUGAGCACCUAUAUUAAUGCUAAUUAUAUUAGGGGCUACAGUGGCAAGGAGAAAGCAUUUAUUGCCACACAGGGCCCCAUGAUCAACACCGUGAAUGACUUCUGGCAGAUGAUUUGGCAGGAAGACAGCCCAGUGAUUGUUAUGAUCACCAAACUCAAAGAAAAAAAUGAGAAAUGUGUCCUUUACUGGCCAGAAAAGAGAGGGAUAUAUGGGAAAGUGGAAGUUCUGGUUCUCAGUGUAAAUGAAUGUGACAGCUACACUGUUCGGAACCUCGUCUUAAAGCAAGGAAGUCACACCCAACAUGUGAAGCAUUACUGGUACACCUCAUGGCCCGAUCACAAGACUCCAGACAGUGCCCAGCCCCUUCUCCAGCUCAUGCUGGAUGUGGAAGAAGACAGACUUGCUUCUGAUGGCCGAGGGCCUGUGGUCGUCCACUGCAGUGCAGGGAUUGGUAGAACAGGGUGUUUCAUUGCUACAUCCAUUGGCUGUCAACAGUUGAAAAAAGAAGGAGUCGUUGAUGCCCUGAGCAUUGUCUGCCAGCUUCGUGUGGACAGGGGUGGAAUGGUCCAAACCAGUGAGCAGUAUGAAUUUGUGCACCAUGCUCUGUGCCUGUACGAGAGCAGACUUUCGGCAGAAACUGUCCAGUGAGUCACUGAAGACUUAACAGACCACCAAUCUCCCGGGGUGAUUAAUCAAAUUACUGAAAGGAGUUUCCUGCAGUGUCAGGGAAGCUGAGCUCUGAAGCCAGAGCUCUGGGUUAUGGAAGACUUGGCAACAUGUUCAAGAUUGCCAGCCCUUUGGGUAUGGGAAUGUAUCUGUAAGCAUCCCUCAAGUUUUUCUGAAGGUCCUAUGCUGAUGGAGGUACGAGCUAUUUCUCACACAGCCUAAGGCAGAUCUUGUUUUGUCUGUAUUGACUAUCUGCCACACAGAAUGUAUG